GGUUAAUUGCAUGAUUGGUCACUGAGAUUACAAAAAAGUUCAGGUUUGAUCACUCGAAAUAUUUAAAUCCAUUGGUGGUACUUCACUUUACGAAAACCGUUCACUUUUGGUCGCUCUCCGUUAGUUGGCGUCCAUCGCCGUUAACAAAGUCUGUUAAGUGAUGACUUGGCGGACGAAAUCACCUAAUCAACGCUAUUUAACCCGAAAAUAGUCUAACCCGACCCGCCACGUCAUUGAGACUCGCCAUGUUAUCUAAACCUACCCAACCCUCUAACCAAACCAGACCCGAUCAGGAAGUCCAACAGGUCGAAGAAUCGCCACGACGAGAUGAGCGCGCCGUUGGACGCCACAACCAUGGUCUUCUCGACCUUGUACUUCUUCUUGAUGGUGUCAAUCCGGUGCUUGCACUAGACGUCGGUGCGGUGGGUCUUCUUGGUGAGGCCGUUGACGGCCUCAGCGACGUCCUGCCAGUCCUUCUGGCGGAGGUUCCCGCGGUCGAGCUCGACGUAGCGGUUGCCUCAGGCCUCGACGAGCGUCGUCGUGGCCUCCUCGCUCCAGCAGUCCUCGCAGAUGGGGAGCGAGCGGGAGAUGACGGUGCCGGAAUCUGUCAUGUUGCCCAUGGAUUGAGAGUGGAAGGGGGACGGAGAAGAAUCAAUUGAUCGGCGACGGGCGGCGGUGGAAACCCUAGGUUAGAGAUUGGGAAGAUAUGGGAAUUGAACGGAGAGAAAAAAAAGGUGAGGAUAGAUAGAGAGAGAGAGAGAGAAUAGGAUAAAAGAAGGGGAAGGAAGGUGUCGGUGCGGCGAGAGAGUGGUGACGCAUAAAUACUCGACCGACGAUUUGAGCUCCCCCGACGAGCAACAGUUGCUCAAGAGAUCGGCCAGCCUCGGCGCCGGGACCACCAAUUUCUCGAGUCUGUACUUGAACCCCAACAGCCCCUCCGGAUCCGAGCUCAGCGAAUCCGGUAACAACGCCGCUUCUACAUCCCCUAUCUACCACCCUCUCGGUAGGACCGCGUCGUUGAUCCCUCCGACUCUUUCAAUGGGUGUGUCGUCUUGGGAUCCGUCGACCUCGCUCUGCCUAUCUCUGGUAGCCCGACGCACGGUACGCAAUCUCCUGUCCUCGCACUACCGCCGCUGGAUGGAGAAGGGGACGAUGUUGAUUUGUUUUAGAAAUUAGGGUUUUAAUCUAGCUUAGAGGGUAGUUUGGUUAGUGGGUAGUUUAGUUGGUGGGUCGGGUCUGGUUUGGUUAGAGGGUUGUGUAGGUUUAGAUGACAUGACGGGUCUCAAUGACGUGGUGGGUCCUACUAUUUUUGGGUUAAAUAGUGCUGAUUAGGCGAUUUCGUCCGCCACGUCAUCACUUAACGGACUCUGUUAACGACGAUAGACGGCAGCUAACGGAGAGUGACCAAACGUGAACGGUUUUCGUAAAAUGAAGUAUCACCAAUGAAUUUAAAUAUUUCGUGUAAUCAAAGUUGAACGGAGUUUGUAAUCUCAGUGACCAACUAUGCAAUUAACCAGGAAAAAUACUACAAAAUAACCCUCGGUUACACAACUGGCUUACACACGUAAAAUCCCCUUUAUAUACUUCUCACCCGUCCCUUACGUCGACGUUUCUUCCAAGGUGUCCUAUUUCAUUUUCUUUCAUUAAAAUUCAAGUAAUUAGAUAGAUUUUAAUCACACUCCAGACUCGGGAACUUUCAGCCAAUCACGAAAAGUAUAAUUAAGCCAAUCAAAAAAUGCAGUAAAGAGCAGCCACAAUCAGACAAAGAAACCCCAGAAAAGCAAGUCAGGCUAGAAAAACAGUCAAACCACCAAACCUGAAUCCAACGGCUCCCAUCGAAGAUCACGCGGUUGCCUGUAAGAAGAUGCACAACUUCCCCCCUGUACCCGCAACCACCCAAUUCUCCCUCCGUUUGUCCCAUUACUCUUAUCGUCAAAAAGCCCACCCAAAGAAUCAUCGCCCAUCCAGCGGGCCCAUUCCCAUUCCACAAGUUCCCUUCCACCUCUUUAAUUAAAUUAAAUAAAAUUUUCACUUCAAU